GGCUUCAAGAUGACAAUGACAGCAGCUCCAUGUCAUAGUCAAGCACAAAGUUUGUAAACAAGGACAACCCUUGUCAUACCGUAGUUAUUAUUAUUAAGUAGUGUAGAUAGGGAAAAGCGAUAAAAAAUGUCGUCUUGUGACGAAUACAAAUUUUUACGGAAAAGACACGUGAAGUUUUUGCAGAGGAGCUUACAGAUUCUCCCGUUUAGUACGGUUACCUUUGACACUAGUCGCAUGACGGUGCUUUUUUUCACACUCUCAGGACUAGACCUCUUAAAUGCCCUUGAAGAAUUAGGAGAUUCUGAAAAGAAAAAUAUAAUUGAUUGGAUAUAUUCAUUACAAAUAGUGCCAGAAAAUGAUCCAGAUAUGCGAAAUGCUGGUUUCCGUGGUGGGUCCUCACUUGCUAGCAGUCGGUCUACAGAAGAAUACUUACAUCAUAUGGGUUCUUUCGAUUGUGGUCACAUAACUAUGACUUACACAGCACUUGCUUCCCUCAUUAUUUUAGGAGAUGAUCUUAGUCGUGUCAAUAGAAAAGCCGUUUUAGCUCAUGUUGCUGCCUUACAAUGCCAGGAUGGAAGCUUCUUUUCAACUCUCGGAGGCAGUGAAAACGACAUGAGGUUUAUGUACUGUGCCGCAGCCAUAUGCUAUAUUCUUCAAGAUUUUUCUGCCAUUAAUUUAGACACAGCAAAAAAAUACAUCAUUAAUAGCAUGAGCUAUGAAGGUGCUCUUGGACAGGGAAUAUACUUAGAAGCUCAUGGUGGCAGUAGCUAUUGUGCUAUUGCUACUUUACAUUUAAUGGGUCAGCUGGAAUCUACACUUUCACAGUCACAAAGACAGAGACUAAUUCGUUGGUUAGUUAAUCGUCAGAGUGAAGAAGGAGGGUUACAAGGUCGGCCAAAUAAACGAUCAGAUACAUGUUACACAUUUUGGAUAGGAGCAUCUUUAAAGCUUCUUGGUGGAAUUGACUUUCUGGAUCUGGAAGCCCUCAGGCAAUUCGUAUUAUCUACGCAAGAUCCCAUAACUGGUGGCUUGGCAAAAUAUCCAAAUGCCCAUCCUGAUGGGCUGCACACAUACCUAGGAAUUAGUGGACUGUCUCUCCUCAAAAAGGAUGAUUUAAGACUCGUUGAUCCGGCCCUUAACAUUAGUGAACGUGCAGUGAAGCAUCUAAACCUCUUACAUAGUACCAAUUGCCACAAUUCCGUCUCUGUAGAGUGUUGACAGUGCAUUACGUAUUAUGUUGUUCAUUGUUUUUUGUUAUUGUCAGAUGUGUAUUAUAUGUAUUUAAAAGUUAUAAAUACAAAUAAAUCUAUGUGGAUAAAUUUCACAGGAAUACUGAAGGUCAUGAGUUGCAUUAUAAAUUAUGAAAUUUUAAGUAAAUGGAUUUUAUUAAGCGAAGGGGAGAAAACUACUUUGAUCAUAUUUUUACCAAGUCACUCACAUGAAAAUGUGACAAAGUAGUGAAUUUUCCGCUUUUGAUAUAAGAGCACAAAUAAUUAAGUUAGGUUUUCAAUGUUUAUAUAUGAAUUUUAGAUAAGACAAUUGCUGUUACAGAUCGGACAUAUUGUAAAUUAUAUAUGUAUACAUCUUUAUAAGCAACCCAAUGGGUUAUUACAUAGUUAAUUUUA